AUGGGAAUAUUACAGCAUAUCGUAGCCUACAUAACGGGCGGUGCACACGGUAUUGGAAAGGCUGUCGCCGAGAAAAUUCUUUGUGAAGGAGGUAGAGUAGUACUGGCCGAUAUAUCCAACAAAGGAGCAAAACUUGCGGAGUCUAUGGGCGAAAGAGCUUUAUUUACGUGUACCGACGUCAGACAGGAAAAGGAUAUCAAAAAAAGUAUGAAAUUAGUGAAGGAAAAAUUUGGAGGUGUGAAUGUGCUCGUUAAUUCUGCUGGUAUCUAUACAAAUGUAUAUACGACACAAAUGUAUGGGGUUUAUUUAAUGCGACUCGUUUAA